GGCGGACGCGGGCUCACGUGAGGCGGCGGGAGGCGGGCACUGGCGGCGCGGCGGCGGUAGGCGGUGGGGCGGACAUGGCGGCCCGGUGCGGGGCCUGGGCGCGUCUCUGCCCGCUGCUGGCGCUGGCUGCUCUGGCGGGGCUGGGCGCUGCGGCCAAGAAUUCUGAGGAUGUCCGAUGUAAAUGCAUCUGUCCUCCUUACAAAGACCAUUUGGGCCACAUUUACAACAAAAAUAUUUCACAGAAAGACUGUGAUUGUCUUCAUGUGGUAGAGCCUAUGCCUGUCCCUGGACCUGAUGUAGAAGCUUACUGUUUACGUUGUGAAUGCAAAUAUGAAGAGAGAAGCUCUGUCACAAUUAAGGUUACAAUCAUCAUAUACCUGUCUAUUUUGGGCCUGCUUCUUCUGUACAUGGUAUACCUUACACUGGCAGAACCCAUACUGAAGAGACGUCUCUUUGGACAUUCACAGCUCAUACAAAGCGAUGAAGAUAUUGGGGAUCACCAGCCUUUUGCAAAUGCUCAUGAUGUGCUGGCUCGUUCUCGGAGCCGCGCCAACGUACUGAACAAAGUGGAGUACGCCCAGCAGCGUUGGAAGUUACAGGUCCAAGAGCAACGCAAGUCUGUCUUUGACCGUCACGUUGUGCUGAGUUAAUUGUGUCUCAGCAAAACAACUCCAGGGAAGUGAAGUGGACUAAUUGAAAGAGCUGACUUAGGUCUUCCUGAUCCUGCCAAUUCAGAAGGGUUUUCUUAAAUGGUUCAUUAUUCAUUUACAAAAAAAAAGUAAAGUAUUUGAACUUUGAAGGAAUGUACUGGAACAGAAGCAAUUUAAAAAACUUAGUUAACCAAAAGCUUAAAUCUUUACAUUUUCAAGUGGCUUUUGCUAAUAAAACUGAAAAGAGAACAAACCCAAAGGUAUCUUGGGUUGCCACUGUGGUACCUUAUUUACAUUUGCAACUUUAUGGUGGUUUUUAACUAUAUAUUUUUCUCUAGUAUUUAUGUGGUUAAAAAGUACCUGGGAACACAGUAAUUACUUGCAACUCACUAAUCACUUUAUGUAAACACCUUUUGUAAAUAUAUUUGGAUUUUCUUCUAACUGAUGCUAGGUACUGGAAAUCUAAAUCUUACAGUGUAGUUUUCUUACUGGAGAAUGAAAUCCUUAUUGCCUGUAUUCAUCAUUUGGUUUCUUGCACUCGUACUUUCAAGAUGCUUGUAUGUCAAGUGAUGUUUUCAGAUUUAAGGCAAAACUUAAAUGGACAGUGACUCUUUGAGCUCAUACUUGAAGUACUGUGGCGUAGAUAAACACAAGUGCAGUGCAUAUCAAGACAGUGUUGGAAUUUUGUUCUAUUUUGCUCUAAUAGCUUAAUAUAUUGUAUGUGAAUAUCUCUUUAAACAAAUCUUCACCCUCUCUUUCCAUGGGUAAAGUCUCAGGAUUUAGUGUAUGAUGAAAUAUUUAUUAUAAAAAUCUUUCUGCAGUUGUCAGGAUUGAUGGUGUAAGGCACAUACUGUAUCUAGCACCUGUCAUCUUGGGAGUUAGGUGUAUUUUUUUUAUCUGUGAUUCUGUACUCAUCUCUUUUAAGAGGUCUGCAGUUGCUAGAUGACUAACUUUCAUAUAUCCCCUUUCAAAUGUAACAGUUAAGGAUAAAACUGCUUUUUGAAAAACA